AUGGAAGAGAAGGCGAUUUUGGACAUUUCAGACCUGCGUUGCACAGAGACGGAUUCCGGGGACACCACUACCGUGCUCGACGGUCUUUUGGGAGCUGGACCGCACUACGAUUACGGAGAUGUGACAGGCUGCGACAGUCCUUCGGAUCGAUGCGACGACAACGAUCAAUCGUCUGGAUCUCUGAGCACAGACCAAAAUUCCAACAGCAACGUCAAGAGGAAACAGCGGAGAUACAGAACGACGUUCACGAAUUUCCAACUGGAAGAACUAGAAAACUCGUUUCAGAAAACACAUUAUCCUGACGUAUUUUUUCGCGAAGAACUGGCAAUGAGAAUCGACUUGACUGAAGCUAGGGUGCAGGUAUGGUUUCAAAAUCGUAGAGCCAAAUGGCGGAAGCAGGAAAAGACCUUGGUUUCCCAGCACCAGAACCAAAAUGAACCAAUUAUAAACCCUUGUCUAACAGAUAAUCCAAUGUUCGGAAACUCGUCUAGCCUCCUCCCUCAGACAGACUGGAAUAGUCUAUGCUCUUAUACUUCAUUUCAACCAUCAGCGACGUUCGAUAAGGAUCUUCAAUCAAUUGACAUCGACAAUGAUUUGCUUCGGUUCAAAACAAGAGAACUACAUGAAAACGAUAUGCUCAUGUCUCCACCUUCAUAG